CUGUGAGUCACCAAAUAACAGCGACGCAGAGCGCGCCAAAGAGGACAUACAAGACAGCGCUCUUCAGCCUGUCGCCACUGUGACUUCGACCGAAGCCAAGAACACAGCUGCCAUCACUUCAAUGCAAGGAAUGGGAAACAUUCAGAUUUAAUGUUAGGAUAAAGCACCUCUUGACAUUUCUUCGCGGUUUUCCACAUCCUGUACCACAGACUGUCGUGGACUGCAGGAACUUAUCUUUAAUGCUCCCUCAAUGGUCGCGCACGAUUUAAAAUUUCAUCUUUAACUAUAUUCGGUGUCUCCCCAUGAACAUCAACAAGUCCCAGGAUGGCUGGGUGGGGGAAGCAGAUGUGGACCUGUCCUCAGCCCUCCCCCAAGAGCUGCCGAUCAACCCCUGGGACGUGGCGCUGUGCGUGUCCGGCACCCUCAUCUCCUGCGAGAACGCCAUCGUGGUGGCGGCCAUCUUCUACACGCCGUCGCUCCACACGCCCAUGUUCCUGCUCAUAGGCAGCCUGGCCACGGCGGACAUGCUGGCCGGCCUGGGCCUCCUGCUGCACUUCCUGUUCCGCUACUGCGUGCCCACGGACAGCGUGCAGCUGGCCACCGUGGGGCUGCUGGUGGCCUCCUUCAGCGCCUCCAUCUGCAGCCUGCUGGCCAUCACGGUGGACCGCUACCUGUCCCUGUACAACGCGCUAACCUACUACUCGGACCGCACGGUCACGCGCACCUACAUCAUGCUCAUCCUGACCUGGGGCGGCUCCAUCCUGCUGGGGCUGCUCCCGGCUCUGGGCUGGAACUGCUUGCGGGACGGCGGGUCAUGCAGCGUGGUGCGGCCCCUGACCCGGGCCAACCUGGCGCUGCUGUCGGGCUCCUUCCUGGUGGUGUUCGUGCUGAUGCUGCAGCUCUACGUGCAGAUCUGCCGCGUGGUGUCGCGCCACGCGCACCAGAUCGCCCUGCAGCGCCACUUCCUGCCAGCCUCGCACUACGUGACCACGCGGCGGGGCGUCUCCACGCUGGCGCUCAUCCUGGGCGCCCUGGCCAGCUGCUGGAUGCCCUUCGCCGUGUACGGCCUGCUGGGCGAUGCCUCGUACGCGCCGGUCUACACCUACGUCACGGUGCUGUCCGCCGCCUACAACUCCCUGCUCAACCCGCUCAUCUACGCCUUCCGCAACCAGGAGAUACAGAAGGUCCUGUGGGCGGCCUGCUGCGGCUGCCUCUCCCCGGGCCUGUCCUGCCAUUCGCACUCGCCGUGUGACGUGUAGCAGCCGGAGCCAAUGAGGUCUCCCGGUAUCAGAGAGAAUGACCGGGAUCAAUGCUGAAGUGGGGAAAAGUGCUCUUACAGCAGCACUGCUUCCAACAUCUUCACAAGAUCCAGUUUUCUCCAGGGACUCUCAACAAGCCUGGCUUUCUGUUUGUCCAUCUGUGUGUGUGUGUAUGUGUGUGUGUGUGUGUGUGUGUGUGUGUGCGUGUGUGUGUGUGUGUGUGUGUGUUUUCUAAUCUAAAUUCAUGCAAUGAAAUGCACUUUAAAUAGCAUGCAUUCUGGGCUCUGAGCAAUUGUUUUAAAAAAAGAACAAACACAAUGUGCCAACUUUGUAACACUAUUUUUUUUACCACAAGAACCAUUAAUCAUUGACUCAAUGAAUUUCACUCAUCUCUAAUUUUGAAUCCUUAAGUGACUGUAAGCUUGGUGGUCGAUAACCCUGUGGUGCUGACACAGACCUGGUACCUUGUUAACAUGUGCCGAGAAUUAUUAAAAACUCAAGUGGCCAUUGCUUUAUAUGGAAAAUAGUGCAGUGCAUGUUCAAUAUUUUGUGAUAUACAUGUACGAUACAUUUACAAAAAUUGGUCUUUGGUCACGCCAUUGCCUGUUAUACAACAUAAAAACUAUUUCUGCAACACUCGAGAGAAAGACUUGAAAAGUCAGUUCACAAUAGGGAUACUUCAACUCAGCUGCAAGAGUUUUGGCUUCCGAACCAGUAACUCAUUCAAAGAGACACUUCUCUUGUCACUGGUUUCAUUUUUGAAAGCUCUGCCCUCACUGUCAAGUUGGACUGACUAGCCACAAUGCAUGUCUUAUUAUAAAUCCCACCGGUUCCACUAGCCGUCACUGCCAGAACAUCUAGCCGGAACACUGUGUCGGACGAAGCUGGCACAAUAGCGCUCCCUCCCGGUCAGAAACGAGCAUGGCCCAAGUGGAACCUUGUGACAGUCUCAAUUGCAUUUUAAUCCAAGAUUUUCUGUGGAAAAACAAUGCCGUGUUUUGUUUUGAGAUGGGAGAUAUAAUGUAAAGAACAAUAGAUAAGAGGAGCUAAUUGUUGGUAUCGUCUUUUAAACUCGUGCCUCACUCUGAAAACCAAACCCUGAUAUUCAGAGGUUUUGUUAAUAUUUAACAUUUGCACUAUAUUAUAUUUUGAGAAAUAUUGUUUUAAUGUGCGAAUGUGUAGCCUACAUGUGGUAUGUCUGCAAUUGUAUAAAACGAAAAAUCUGUGGCCAAAUACAUCCAGAAACAAUGACAGGGUCACGUUUUUAACGUGCUCUGUUUGCACAAUCCCAAAUACGACCGAAGUGACACUUUUGAGAUGUAAUGCGUAGCGUAUGUCCAUGUUGCACAAUGUCAUACAUUAUACGAACUGAAAUGUUUUAACGGGAAUGUAUUUUUUUUAUUUACAUCAGAAAAUAAAAAUUUAAUUUUUCUACGCCA